CGGAUCAACUCCACAGACGACAUCGAUCUCAGUCAGCUCCGACUCUCUCUUGACGCGCCGGAGGUCAUUAUCCUGGAGCUUCUCCCCUCCGCACCGCCUCAAUGAACGGGCACCACCUCUCGACCUUCAGACUUCCGUCUGAUCUCCCUACCUUCUGGGAGUCCGCGACGGACGCCCCUCUUUCUUUUCGGAUCAAGCAGUUGGACGUGCCAAUCUUGAACGUGGGCAAGUGGGUGGAGUGGUGGCACGAGUACGUCACGAUGCUCAGUUUCUACCUUCUCGGGGUGGUGUUCCAUUCGGUUGGUCUUGUCGAUAAAGAAGAGGAAGACGAAGUCCUCGAUGACGAGGUGAAACUGCUGAUCGUCCAAGCCUGGAGAACGGAUACGAAGGGAGAAAUGUUGGGGAUUUUGUUCGUGAAGGUCAGGGAUGGCCAUUUGGAGCCCAUCACGGGGGAAGUUCUAGUGUUCCUGGCACAACUCCUAGACGACCUGCCUCUGGACGUUCUUUCGAGGUGCGACGAGCAGUCCGCGCUAACCACGCUCACCCGAAUGCUAGCGCCGCAUCUGUUGUGGUCCACGUGCACCGAGAUAGACGAAGGCAAUUGCUAUUAUCCCUCCUCAUGCCAUUAUCUGGUUAUUGACAUGACUGAUCUCACCUUGUGGGAUCCGAUCAUUCGACGGGUGGAGAUGGAAGGAGUAGCUGACGACGCAGAGGCCGAGGAAGAGAGAGAGGAGGAAAGCGAAGAGGAAGAAGAAGACUCGGGGGCUGAAGUUGACGAUCCCGAUUACCACGAGUCAGAAGAAAGUGAGUUGGGAGGGAGUGAGUCAGGCGGAUCAGGCAGCCCCAACGAACAGAGUAAGGAAGAGGACGAGGCUGCAACACAAAGGAUAUGAGAAAGUGCACAAGGAAAGCAGCCCAUGGAGGAAUCGGUUGGACUAGCAAUGCGGCUGUCACAAGGUUCAAGUAAAAUCCACUUUCAAUA